CAUUACUUGCCAAUCCAUCGAUGCAGUCGUAUUCAAUGAUAAUAGUGAAAUUUGUUAAAUUUUAAAGUGACUUUAAAAUUUUAUUUUCAUUCAAAUUUUUUUGAAUAUUCAAAAUAUGCUAAAACCAGUUUGAGCAAAUUACUAUCGUUCGUUCCUAAUUUAAAUUUGAAAUUCAAAAUUCUUAUAUUUUAUGUAAUGUAUUCAAAUAUAAUUAUUUUGUAAGAAAUUCAAGAAUUCAAUUCGCUUAGACAAAAUAUAUUUAUUAACCCCUUAUGAAUCAAGUAAUAAAAACAUUUGAUGAUGUUUGAAUUGCAUGGUAAAAUUAAUUGAAAACAACGAAUUAAUUUGCAAAUCGAACGACAUAAUACCGGCGGUCUAAUUAAAAUUUUCAUGCACGGAAAACUGUAUUUUCAAUAAAUAUAGCUACGAGUUAUUUUUUUUAUAAAAAUAAUAUUUUGCCUGAAACUAUUCUUGACAUACGAAAAUGAGGCGUCACAUCGUGUUUUACGGCUGUUCGGAUGAUGAAGACGUUUGCAACGUGAUGUCGAACUAUCAAAAUGUUAGACGCGAGUCGAAAAUGAUUGUUCUAAGAAGAUCGUUCCACUCUGUGACGGAGAAGAGAUCUCAGAACAAUGAUUGUGGCGAGAACAGCGUCACGAUAGUAACAGAAAAGAAAAUUGAAGACGACGGCUCAGAUUCGUCCAGUGGAGAGAAUGUCGAAAUUGAAGACAAAACCCUGCCCAUCGUAGGACCUCCAGCAUUAGUAACUUCAGAAGAAGGUCACGCAGCCCAGUGCACUUGUCCGAACUGCGAUGAACUUCUAUCCAGAUUCUCUGAAUGCAGUAUUUGUUUAGAACCCUUACAGUGCUGUGGGCCGUGCGUUUGCCCGUGGUGCGGGGGUGUGUGGUGCGCGCGGUGCUCACGACGCAUGUCAAGGUGUGCAUGGUGCCGAGGUUCUUUGAGGGCACCGGCAGCGCCCUGUCUAGCACUUCAAAGGCUCGUCAACGAUCUGAUGUUACCGUGCAGGAAUUACAGACGCGGUUGCACAGAACUACUGACAGCAAUCACAAGAGUCAAACACGAAGAAGAGUGUAAGUUUGAUACGAUGAUGUGUCCCAUCACCGCGAACUGUUGCUCGGUUCCAUUCGAAGAACUCUCCAGUCACCUUCAGUCCACGCACAACAUCAUUGCGGUAUACUCGCAGAAGAUAAAAAUAUUAAUAGAAAACUUCCAAACGAAACUGAAGAAGACAGCUUGCUGUCGAACGAAAUAUAAAAUAAUACUGCUGCAUCAGAAAAGCGCUUUCGUAAUCAAAGUAUGCAUUUACAAUUACCACGUCAAAGUUGAAGUUAUGAGGAGGAAGCUAGGUUAUAUUGCCGAUGUUAAAUCGGAAACGAAAAAAAGCGAAUACUGCGCUUUAGUAGAAUUCCAAAGUAAAGCGCUGAGUACUAAAUCGGCCAUUUUAAUAGAAAACGAGGCUUACGGGAAAAAAGCUGAAGUGCAAUGGAGCGAUGUGAUCAUGAAAGCUGAAAACGAUGAAGCUAUCACGAUACACGUAAACAUCGGAAAAUCAGAUACAGAUAUGCUAAGGAAAGAUUGUCGUGAAUCGACGUAGCGAAUUAUUUGUAGAUUUAGAAUAUAAGCCAAUAAUUUAGGUGAAAAAUUUUUCAGAUAUACCAACGAUGACUCAAAAAUUUCGGAUCAUACGAGUAAUGUUUAACUUUAACUCUGAUCCUAUUAAAUCAAACAUCCACAGUAUUGAAUUCAAUCCUUGAUAUAGCCGUAUCUAUCCAAUAAAAACUUAUCCAAUAAACUUUGCUAACUCCAUAUUAUCCAGCUCUUUGUAAUAUUUGAGUUCACAUUAAAAUGUAAAUUCAAUUAAUUUCCUUUGUUACAUAACAUUACUACAGUCUACAGAAAAUUGGUUACGUAUUGUAAUUGUUUUAAUCUAAACUUUGUGUUCUUAGAAAACGGUCUCAUUAGACUAAUGAUGGUCUCAUUCCGUGUAGUUUUUUUUUAAAAUGGUUACAUAUUUUUACAAUGAAUAUAAUAUAGCCCAUUUAGAAAUAUUUGGCAUUGGCCUACUAUGACUGAUGUACAUUAAAUUAGUAUUAAAUAUAUUUAAGAUGUUUUAACUAGUAACAAAGUAAGACAAAUAAAUGUUAUUUUGAUAAGGUU